AUGGAAUCAGACUACGGUCAAACACCCUCAAGUCACAUCGAUCCCCUAUUGCGUAAUGCCUGCGUUCUCGAUAUCCAGAGCCUCGAACUCCUACACCACUACAUGUGUCACACUUCGAUAACCCUAGGAGACCCCCAAAUCUUUAGAGAUGUGGUUCCACCACUCGGCUUCAAGUACGACUGCGUUAUGCGAAUGGUCCUAUCAAUCACCGCCCGACACCUCACCCGACUACGACCCGAUCAAGCAGGGUACUAUCGCCGUCUGGCAGAAGACUAUGCAGCGGCGGCAUUUCCAGAAGUGGCGGCCAUGCUCGCCCAGGUCAAUGACGAUAAUUCGCAGGCUGUCUACUACGCUACAGUCCUAAUAAGUCUGUCAUCUUUUGCUACAGACCCAUCACCAGGGAAUAUCUUACUUGCCGCCGCCGAGGAGGACGAAGUAUCAUGGUGGGCGUUGAUGAAGGGAGUAAAGAUGGUGAUCAGCACGACAGGACUAGAAGAUAUCAGAAAGGAGGCAAGGGCCGCUCUGCUCUGUGGUAGUUCUGCAUGGAACGAACCAAAACUUUCAGCUCUUAGCGUAACAUCGCUUGUACUGCAGUGGGAGAACCCCUUGGCUGAGAUUGAAGAGCUUGUGGACGAGGUGUAUGCCGCCGAAGACAGCAUUCAUCGGCCCGCCUUUGCCCACUUGAAAUCAUGUUACCGGAAGCUGUUUACAGCACCUGAUGAGCCAAAAGUCGACAAUGAGCAGAUCCCUUCCAUUAUUUACGGCUGGCUAUAUGAGCUGAGGGAUGACUUUGUAUUGUCUAUAGAGAGAAGAGAACCUGUGCCUCUGGUUCUGCUUGCGUACUAUGCUGUUCUGCUGCAGCAACUGGAACAUCACUGGUUUAUGGAGGGUUGGUCACUUCAGGUCACCAAUGGCGUUUACGCGAUACUUGAGGAUAGUCACCGGCAAUUUCUUACUUGGCCAUUGGAACAGGUUGGGUCCAUCUGGUCAGGAUUAUAA